AUGAGCACUCCACCGGACCAGGCCGACGGGUCGCCAGGACCUGACCCACGCUCCCUCAGCCAUGAUCAUUACCAUGGCUUGCAGACGGGGUCCUAUACAGAUCAGCAGCUGCGCCAUGCCUCUGCCGCCCAUCUGCAUAUGACCAGCCGGCGGUUUUUCGUCGGACCAAUCCCAGAAGGCUGGAUUCACGGUCAUCGCAAGUCGUGGUACAAGUCUCGACUGAAGCUCAGGAACUAUACGUCACAAGCUAUUUCGUUCUCUGCGGGCCCGGUUGCGACCCAUUACAGCGAACAGGGCCCCCAGGCCGAGCCAAUACCACCUGACCUGGACGAAGAAGUAGCUUUGACACUUACAAAUACAACUGAUAGGGCUGUAGCGGAGGAGGAAGACGAAAUCGAAGUCGAUGAAGCCACAACUGAGUCUGAGGGGGAGCUUCGGACCCUCACUCACCCCAUGGCUGAAGCUAGUGGCGACGAUCCCCUAUGGGAAGUCGACGCGGAGAAUGAAGAAAAUGAUGAUGGAAACGAGACAGAGACCGGAAGGAACGAACAAGAGGAUAGUGGGAAUGAUACGGAGGAUACAGACAGCACGCCCAAAGCGAGACCAAGGGAAAGUGACGUGUACGACAACGAUGUUGCUUCGUCUUCAUUUGUCACGGCCAGAGAAGAAAUGUCGAGCUCUGCAAACACAGGGUAUACUGCAUACACGGGACUUUCCGUCAAUACAGAUGAUUCUACAGACACAAGGCAAUCAUCAUCUACCCUGCAGCCCAACAGAGCACCGACUAGCCACCGCCCAACGUCAUAUGGCUCACAGAACACACACUUGACAAGCCAAAAUUCUGCUAGCCCCCUGACCCCGAAUGUAUCUACGGGCCCCAGCGAGGCAGACUCGACGACACAGUUGCUGAGAAACAGAUACAAGGACAAAGGAAAGCAGAAAAGUAAGAAUUCUGGUAUAUCUCGAGCAACGCUUCGACACCACGACCACGACCCCCAAGAUGAAGACAGUGCCCAACAGGGAGAUGACAAAAAUGGAGACGUGCCACAGCGGAUGUUCACCAGGAGGAUGGCAAAGCUCAACCUGGAUGACAACAUUAAGCACAAGCAACAACGGAUUCGCUCCCGCAUUGCAAAGACACAGGGCACCAUCUCGGCCAAUCGGCCCCGUCGGCGCAAAGUGCAAGAAGGAGAGAUUGUCAAGGCGGAAAGAAUGCUGGUCUGCGUUGAGGAGACUAUGCAAGGUACACCUCCCGCUGAUUACUCCGAGAACGAUAGCCUCCGCAUGGAAACCCGCACUGUGGACAAAUGGCGAGAGUUUCUUGUUGUAUGCCGAAAAAGCUCCGCAGAGCAUGCGCCAUUUGCUCUGCAAAUGUAUCGCACCCGUGUGAUCCCUGAUGUGCAACGACCGAACAGCAAAACACUGCCUUAUUACGAGAUAAGACUCAAUCACAAGAAUACCCACGUCAACCUUUACUCUCCCUUGGAUAAAACCAUUGUUCUUUGGUACCCUCGCAGGCGUGGAACCAAAAUCUACAUCAUCAGGCCGAAGUCCGCUGCUCACUCUGCUGAGUGGUAUACCUUCAUUCGCCAGGUGCUAGGUUGGCGACGUCCAACUUCACUCCCUAUCAAUGUUCCCGACUUGGGCGUCUCGCUCAUCUUCAAAAACCCUUUCAACCAACCUGGAGCCAGUCGAAAAGCAGAUGACUCCGAUCCAGAGCAUGCGGCGUUCGAUAAGAAGUAUGCUGCUGCGAGCAUCAUCAGAGAAUGCUUGAACAUGCUCGAAGGUCGUCCUGAAUGGGCCGAGGUAUUGAAGGCCUGGUCCAAGACUGAGAAGAUGGGUCUUGCUUGGAAGCGAUAUGAUCGACUGGAGUGGGUGUUUGGUGUUAAUGAAGAAAAGAUGUUUGGCACCAUUGCCAUGCAGUCAUCCCAUGAGCUUGAGCUAAGGCCGAGAUAUCACUACUCAACUGCAGUCAAACAGAAUGGCUCAAAGGAGGAGGAACCGGCACCAAUUGAGGGGUUCCUUGUACGUCUCACAUCUCAAAAGGGUGUACACCAACGGAUGAACAAGAUGUUCUUCAAGCGGUUGUAUUUCUUCACCCAGGAUCAUUUCUUCUUUUUCUGUCGACCAGCCAAGGCAUUGCCGCCGGCACCCCCAAAGUUUUCACCAUUAGAAGCUCUACCGCAAGAUGGAACUGUGCCAUCUGCACGUCAAAUUCUUGAUGAAAUGCCGCUAUCCUGGGAUAUCAACCCGUAUCCUCUUCAAGAGGGUAGUAUCGCGUGGCUGUCCAACGGCAACAAAGAGUUCAUUCAACGACACGACGAGGCGGCCUAUGCACAAGUGCAGAGGAAUUUCCACAAUAUCAGUCAUGCGGAUGGAUUUAUUGAUAUGUGUCGGGUGCAAGAAGUUCGAAAUAUCAAGCGCGGUGGCAGUCCUGCUGAUCCCAACAUCGACGAAGGGCCUUCUGUGGACUAUAAUCAAGAAGCUCUGGACUCCCGGCAAGACGAUGGUGCUACACAAGAGUUCGAUGACGAUAGAACCUUUGAAAUGGUUCUGGAUAAUGGCCUUGUCGUUCGACUUCAGGCAUAUGAUGCUGCUAGUCGAGAUGAAUGGGUUAAGCGGCUCGACGCUUUGGUCAAAUACUGGCGUGUUCGCUGUGCAAAUGAUGCGUCAGAGUUGCAGGCAGUUAGGCGGCGCAAUCUCAAGCUUUUGGAAAUCGAUGAAGCCAUGGAGUCGGUUGUUGGACAGUUCGCAAAGAAGUGGGAAGUGAAGAAAGCCGAGGCAUCACCGCAUUUGCACAAUAUGUGUUUGCUAUCCGGCUGUCGAACUAUCAAGAUGUCCGGACAACUUUACCGCAAGCCCCGUCGCCACAAGACUUUCAACCAGUGCCAUGUAAUCCUUACAGCGGGUAAGCUGCUCAUCUUCUCAAGCACACUGCGCAACCGAAAUGGUACUGAAAUACCACACAUCCACCAAGAACUUGAAGCAACCAUCGAAUUGGAGGAUUGCUACAUCUAUUCUGGGCUUCUCACUGAAGAUGACCUGCUGUACGCCAAUCAGACAUUCGACAGUAAUAACCCUGGACUUCAUGCUCUUCCACGAGUAUACCUCGAUUCAGAUACAUUCACUAGCCACGACGAAGAUACCGCUAUCACCUUUGUUAUCUGGCAGCCUUUGAAGAAGAGCUAUUUCCGAGCCCAGGAAAUGGGAGUUCAGGGCAACGCCAAAAGAUCCAUUCGACAUGUCUCCACGCUAGGCAAACAUGGCCGCACAAUCGUGUUCAAAGCGCGUAGUCGUGUUGAGAAGGAUCGUUGGGUUAUGAGCAUUUCUUCGGAGAUUGAUCGUCUCCAGGAGGUGAGACACGAAGAUAUACGACUUGUCUCUCCUUGA